AUGAUGCUCUGCGUCCCCGGCGUUCGAAGACUAAGGGACGCCAUCGCGCAGGGAGAGGUGGGCUUGGUUUGCACGUGUGCGGUCUUGCGUGCACGCUGAAUUGGCUUUUAGCGCUACAAAAAGACACGAAUUCCUUUUAAAACCUCUCGCAUCAUCAGCCACAAUGUUCCUGCAGUAUUUCCUCGACGAGCAAGGGAACAGGGUCUACACCCUCAAGAAGGCAGAUCCCUCUGGACAACCCACUUGCUCAGCCCAUCCUGCACGCUUCUCCCCGGAUGACAAAUAUUCUCGACACAGGAUCACCAUCAAGAAACGCUUCGGUGUCCUGCUGACCCAGCAGCCUCGGCCUGUGGUAUAAAAUCCCAACCUCUGGUGCCAGGUGAGACCAUGGCAGGAAGAGAGAAACUUCUGAAGCAACCUGAAAGAAGCUGAAACAGGAGAAACAACGACAGCAGAUCUGCACUUUUUGCAUUUUGUUUUAUCCAGAGAGAAUUUUUUUUGAGUGUUGCUGUUAUUUGGAAACCCUGCCUAAUUUCCUUCCUGGAACGAGGAAGCAUGGAUGUUCUUCAAGAGAGCUUGAAUUCUUUCACCUACCCUUAUCUGGCCUGUGUAUUUCUGGAAAUAAAAUGAAAUCCUUCGUUGUUAUUUC